AUGAAUCUCGACAAGGAGGAUUCAUUUGUUCAGGAAUUCAUCAGUAACCCAUUGCUUAUUGACAACCGAAAAUUCGACAUUGGAGUUUACACUGUGAUAACAUCUAUCCAUCCUCUCAGAGUUUACGUCUAUGAAGGAGAUUCGCUCAUAAGAUUCUGUGCUGAGGAUUACUUGCCGUUUGACUCGAACAGACUUGACAAAUAUGUCGUUGGUGAUGACUACACUCCGAUUUGGGAGAUUCCGUCUUUGAAACGUUCGUUCACCGAACAAAAACUUGGAUGGCGAGCUUCACUGGAUGCCUACUUACUGUCGAAGGGCAUGAAACCAACGAGAAUCUGGACCCAGAUUCAUCAUAUCAUCGCAGAGGUGUUUCGGAACCAGCAAUCGAGAAUGCUCGCUGCUUUCAAGUCGGUGCCUUCAAAAGCCAGCUUUUUUGAGCUCAGUCGAUUUGACUUUAUCGUCGAUGAAGAUCUCAAUGUCUAUUUGAUGGAGGCCAAUAUGUCACCGAACCUCUCUUCUGAGCAUUUCAGCCAGAAUAGGAUUCUCUACGAACAGGUGUUGUACAAUGUAUUUUCUCUAGUGGGAAUCGCCUCUACCAAGUUCCAAGGGGGACAUCUUGAAAUGCUGUAUGUCGACCAGAAUAUUUGGAACGCGAAGGAAAUAAAAAGUGACACAUCUUCCAGAGACAAAGAACCCUCACGAGACUUCAUCGUGCCAGACAGUGAAAUCUAUGUGCCUUUGAUGGAUUGCAUCGAAGGGGGCUGUAUGGAAUGUAACGAACAGAUAUGCCAACUUUGCGCACAAUGUAUGAGCUCUACAAUGUUCUCAACCUUGAAACAAGCCUGUCUCGAGCAUGUCAAUCGACGUAGCAUGAAAAUGCUUCAAAUGAAUCACGACAAGCAGAACCCUCCUACGAUGGAAGACCAUCUACUACAAACAUGGAGGACGGCGAAAUGUGAGGUGGAUACGUCAUGGUGCUAA